CACCGAUCGACCUAUAAAUAAGGUGUGUGUUUCAGUGUCAGGCAUCAGUCCAUUGUCUCACGUUCAAUCUCUAAGAACUCCAAGAAGUCCACUCCAAAUCCAAUCAACAUGAAGGUCGUUCUGUGCGCUCUUGUCCUCAUUGCUGCCGUCGCUGCCUCCCAGGCUGGAUUCGUCCACCCCUAUGCCUACUCUACUGCCUGGCCAGCUGCUGCCCCCUACACCACCUGGGCUGGUGCUCACUAUCCCUAUGCCUAUGCUGCCGCUCCUCUCGCUUACACCGCCCCCGUUCCCGUAGUUGCUGAGGGUAGUUAUGUUGCUGCCAACCGUGGAUCUGUCCACGUUGCUCCUCUUCCCGGACACCUGAACUCUGCCUCCUCCAUCAACCUUGCUCCUGCCCCAGGAACCUUGUAAAUACGUCAACUCACUCACGAGGAUGUUCCAUCGUCAUCGCUUACAGUCAGAUAAUUUAUUUGUGAAAUCAACAGAGAAAUUUGUAGAGAAAAUGUUUUGUGUGGAAUUAAAAGAAAUUUCAAAGUA